GUGAACUAACGGUUCAGCAGCUGUAAGCUCUGUACCAUAGUUCAGCUAAGUCCUCCAUCAACAAGCACCUACGCAGCAAUCUCUGUCCACCCGCUCUAAAAGUAUGCCCUUGAUCAAACCGAACAACUAGAUCGAUAUCCAUGGCCACUUCUACCCACCAAUGACCGAGGAGGAACGUGUAGCCAAAUGGGAAGCCAUGAAGAACGAGAAUUUCAUGAUCCGGAGCCACCUCAAUGGUCGCCGGAAGCGACGUUGGCUUAUAUGGAUAAAGCCGGGAGACAGAUGCUCUUACUCUCGAACAUUCCGAAAGGAUUGGAUGCAAUGAAGGCCAGUAAUGAGUAUGCUGCUUUUCGUUAGUUAGGGAUUAUCCCAUGAGUUUUGGCUUCCUUGCGACAUUACCUACGGAUAACGUUGAUGCUGCCUUAGAGGAGGUGGAGAGGUGGGAGAAGGGCGUUGAGAGGAUCAAGGCGGAUGGUUACGCAGUCACAUGUCGAUACAACGGAGUCUACUUGUCCGAUUCGAGUUUUGAUUCUUUGCGGACCAAGUUGAAUGAGCUUGGAGCAACUGUCUUUGCGCAUCCGGAUGCUUAUGCACCCUCAGAUCUUGGGCGCCCAGCUCCUCUUCUCGAAGUAGCAUUUGAGACUGCAAGGACGAUCGUGGAUAUGCUCUACGCUAACACCACCGCCCGUUCUCCGAAUACUCAGUGGGUUUCUCGCAUGCUGGAGGUGCCUUACCAUCGCUCACCGGUAGGCUACUCGGAUUAGGCAGGGAGCCGUGGGUACCGAACCCCAAUGGCGUGACGAGGGGGCAGAUGAAGGAAGCGCUCAAGAACAAGCCUGAAAGAGGUCGUAUCAUCUCAUCAAUACAUUCCAGUGCCUUUCUUCGUUCAGCAGCCCUCCUUCCAGACGCUGACUGAACCCUUAUCGAUACCGCGAAGUCCCGUGACGUCAUCGCUAACCUGUGAAUUCCGAGGUUUACCUCCACCGAACCCCAAUCUCAGUUAGCCAUCAAAAUCAUGUCACGGGUCGCUUUCGAAGUCUUCGGAAACGUCCAAGGCGUC